AGGCUGCCGGUCUGUCCGCACCGGCCGCGUCCGUCAGUGCGCGCAUGUGUGCGACUGCGGCUCGCCGAUCUCGAGACCACCGGGGGGAAAGGGGAGCCACGACUUUGUCUCAUCGCAGCGUCGGAUCCGCUUUUCUUUAAGGGAAAAACGGGGAGCUCGCCUUCUCGAUGCAACAGAGCUUUUUCUUGCGCGCAUCGCAAUUAGAAAGAGGGUAAGAGAAAGUGGGAGUGUGGGAAAUGCACGAGAAAGAGAAGUAAGCAGGUGUUUUUUUGUGCCUCUCUUCCCGCAAGCACCGAUGCAGCAUAUGUUGCACGUCGGUGUUUCCGCUGGCUUGUCAUACAGCGGCUUUUUCGGGAUGUGAGCCUGUCGCUCUGUAACGGCGGGCUGCAAUUAGGCGACCGGCGCGCCGCGUUUUCUUAAUCACUUUCAUUAGUCCUUUUCGGUGCUACUUUCGCGAUGUUGCCGUUUGUCGGGUGCUGUCGAUGGCACCCCAUUUGACGCCAAGUGACGGCCCGCGGAGAGGCUCGCUCGAUCUUUAAUACCGGGGCGACGAUGAAUGUAGUCGCCGUUAAUCAUAGCAGCAGGAGUCCCGGCGGCGGAGGUCCGGCGCCGCGUUUACCGAGCAGUGAGUCAGAUCCGUGUGUGCAUGCAUGUAUGUGUGUGUAUGUAUGCGCGUGACAGUCACUGUACAGAGCAUCCCUUUAAUGCCCGUUUAGCGCGAGACCCGUGCCGCGCGCCCGCCCGCGAGUCAGUGUGUCAGUCAGUGUGUCAGUCAGUCAGUGUGUCGCCUGGGCACCGGUGCCCCACGCCUGAGGCAGUUUCUGGGCAGACUCUGUUGCGCUGCGAGCGUGGGAGCGCUGCGAUCCACUUGGAGCAGUUCAGUGCGGUGCGUGCGGCUCCCCAGCCUCGCGCAAAAUUAAAACAAUAUCUGCAGAAUUCACGGCCAAGACGGCAGGCAUGCCGGCAUGGGGCCGGUCUGUACGGGAGCUCUGAGACCUCCGCUUAACUCGCGACGCCGGAGGUAGGGCUGUCUCUCACCGGGAGGCGUUACAGGCGCAGAAAAUCUGGCCCCCAGCCAGCGCAACUUGUGGAGAAUAGGUCCGACUGCUUGGCCGGCACCUUUCGGCCGCAACUGGGACCAGCAGGGCAGCUCCACCUCGAUUUGAGAGCGGGUGGAGUCGGGGAGGGGCUGAGCGGACCCAGGGACUCGCCCUCCCAGUCGGUGCAGGAGGACUGGAUCUGAGGCACAGGGACCAAAGCUUCCAGGAUGCAGGUGUCCUUCGCCUGCACGGAACAUAACCUGAAGAGCCGCAGCGAGGACCGCCUGUGCGGCCUGCGCACCGCGCCACCACCGGGGGGCGGCAGUGGGAGCGGCGGGGGAGGUGGGGGUGGAGGGAGUGGGGUCGGAGGCCAGAGUGGAAAUGGGCACCACACGACCCAGGGGUUGAGCAAACCUAGGGAAGCGGCGGCUGCAAGGAACGCACCCCAGGGCCACGCUCACAUGAAGGAGGCCAUUGGAAGACACAGCAGCAUGAAGUACAGGAACCUUGGGAAGUCUGGCCUGCGCGUGUCCUGCCUUGGCCUGGGGACCUGGGUGACCUUUGGAUCACAGAUCUCAGACGAGAUGGCUGAGAACCUGAUGACCAUCGCCUACGAGAAUGGCAUCAACCUGUUCGACACGGCAGAGGUGUACGCUUCCGGAAGAGCUGAGAUCACCCUGGGCAACAUCAUCAGGAAGAAAGGAUGGAGGCGCUCCAGUUUUGUGGUGACCACCAAAAUCUACUGGGGAGGACAGGCGGAGACAGAGAGGGGGCUCUCCAGGAAGCACAUCAUAGAAGGUUUGCGGGGGUCCUUGUCCAGACUGCAGCUGGAGUAUGUGGACAUUGUCUUCGCCAACCGCACUGACGUCAAUAGUCCCAUGGAAGAGGUGGUGCGUGCCAUGACCUUCGUGAUCAACCAGGGCAUGGCCAUGUACUGGGGCACCUCUCGCUGGAGCGCCAUGGAGAUCAUGGAGGCGUACUCCGUGGCCCGUCAGUUCAACCUGAUCCCACCCGUGUGCGAGCAGGCGGAGUACCACUACUUCCAGAGGGAUAAAGUGGAGGUCCAGCUACCUGAGCUCUACCACAAGAUCGGCGUGGGAGCGAUGACCUGGUCUCCCCUGGCCUGUGGACUCAUCACAGGAAAGUACAACGACGGCGUCCCCGAUAGCUCGCGGGCCGCCAUGAAGGGAUACCAGUGGCUGAAGGAGAGGGUGAACAGCGAGGAGGGACGCAGGCAGCUGGCGAAGAUUAAAGAGCUCCACCUGCUGGCCGACCGGCUGCGCUGCACUGCUGCGCAACUGGCUAUUGCUUGGUGCUUGCGCAGCGAGGGAGUCAGUUCUGUGUUGCUGGGCGUCUCCAACACGGACCAGUUGGUGGAGAACCUGGGCUCCCUACGGGUACUUUCUCAGAUGAGCCCGCAAACACUGAGUGAGAUGGACUCUCUCCUGGGCAACAAACCUCAUUCCAAGAAGGAGUCGCGUGCGUGAGGAGGGCCAGAGGCACACAGGAGGGAGCAGGACAGAGAGAGAGAGAGAGAGGACGCCGAGGGGGGGCAUCCACGUCGCUUUUUAAGCCCCUCUGAGUAGCGCUUUGCCUUGCAUGUGUUUUCGAAACCACGCUUCCUAUAGAGCACCGCACACCACACACCCUCCUCCGCACGCCGGCGAGCAGGAAGACCUGCUCACACGCUUGGCCACGCCUCACCUCACCUGGAAGUCCGGGGUUUUUGGGAGACAAAGGACCGGAAUCGGGGAUGCUUGCCGGUACAUGGAACCCUCGGAAUGUUCCGGAGGCUCAGCCUUAUGCGCCCACCUGGAAUGGGCGAGAUGGUUUGGGGGGGGGGGGAGGGGGUGUCACGUGGUUUUUGGGGACUUCAGAGGGUGUAAGGGAUGAAGGGAAGUCCCCCACGUAAGUGGAGUGAAAGUUUGUGGUUGUUUUUAGGAACAGUCGCCCCCCCCCCCCAUUUUAUUACAGGGCCAGCAGUCCUGGGCAGGUACCGCUUGUCAUAUUUUCAAAAGGACACCCUGAUCGAUUCUCCCUCAUUGUGGCCAGAUGUCAGACUUCGCUCCAGACUGGCAGUGCUGGUACCAUGUCAAAAAACGUAUCAGCAAAACAGUUACUUAAGGGUGACGGUUUGGAACUGGGCAGACUAGACCUGUACACCCUUUACUGGGGUAGAUCAAGAAAGGCAGUACUGGGAUUUUGGAUUAACUUGGUCAGACGUGUUUCCUCUUGGUGAAUAAGGAUGCUGCGCAUGCAAUUUUAUAUACUGAGGGUAAGACAUUACGAACUGGGCGUAGGUGAUCAUAAUUGGAUUGUCCGAUUUUAAGUCCAGACCAUACACACAAUUUUGUUUUCCUUCUUUCGAUAUUUCCGCAUCCCUAAACCGUUCUUUUGGCAUAAAGGCUGUGCUUUUGGUGUGUCACUGUGGAUGCUGAUGAUCGUGAGAUCCUGUAAGACACUCCUGCCCAAUAAGAGACCUGGCUCUCACAUGACUCGACUGCUACCAUGGCGACACAGCCCGGAGGGGGUCAAGAGGUCAGUUUGGGGUCACCAGGAAUUGGAUCUUUAACAGGAACCCAGAACUCCACUGUAUUCCCAACCAAAAAAAUACUUCACUGUUUACUGAAGAUCAAGUACUUUGUAAGUAGGUUCUUCGCUGGCACAUGUCUGGUAAUGGCAGUAAUCGUGAAUUAUAACAUUAGAUAGAGACGGCGGUGGGUCAUGUGGAGCAGCCCAGUUUAAGGUUGCAAAAGGGGUGGGAAAUUUCCAGACACUUUCCAUUUCAUGGGACGUUAAGCUGGAAAUUUUUGGAACUAUUCCAAGUUGGAAACUUUCCAGGGGAAUUAACAGGAAUAUAUGGGAAUUACCAGAAUUUUGCAACCCUAGUUCGGUUUAAAUGUUCUUUAUUUAAAAAUGCCCUCUAGUGGUUGCUCUUGGUUUUGCCUCAUAGGUAUAAAAUGGGCAUCAAGGCAUCGGAAUGGAGAUUGAGCUGGAUUUCAGCUGAAGGGCAGUUCUGUCAUCCCUUGUGGAGGGGAGUGAAUGGGGUAUGAGUUUGUGGACAGGCACUGUGCUGUCUAACCUGUUAUCCACCAAGAGACCAAAUGAUUCAGGGGUCAUUUAUGUACUAUUACUUAUAAUUAUUAUUAAGCUGUGAGAGAAAGACUGAACAUUCAUUUUGUAUCUUUAUAUUCGUCUGAAAAGGUUUUCUAGGUCAUAACGUCAUCUGCAGCAUGCACGUGCAUUAACAUCAUCACUGUCUAAAUGUCGACUGUUGCCACAGGAGAAAAAAAAAAGUAGCUGUUGUGAAAUCCUACUUUACGUUGGCCAAAGAGAAACUGCAGCAUGUAGAGUGUUUUGGUCUGAAUCAUAUGUGAUGAAUUUUACGUUUUAUGAUGAAAAGCAUAAUCGUUCUGUUCUGAGUGAGAUCUCAUCAUUUCAUCCAAAUUUGUUCAAAUUUGCCCUCAGUACAUCGACACUGGUUAUAUGGGAAGAUAUAUAUAUAUUUUUUUUUUGGUGAAUGCUGGUCUUCUGCCGUUUUUAAGUGUUGAAAAAUGCUUUCAUCCCUGUUUAGCAGCUAUGCUGCUGCGCUCUUAUAGAAAGACCACACAAUGCAACGGUCUCCUAUUGUAUGAGAGGUGCAUUUUUAUUGUGUAUUAAUGAGCAAGACGGUGGAAGUUCUUUUAUUUUUGCCCACAAUGGGGAAUUCUGUGUUGAUUUCUCUUUAAUGAAAAAUCCAGUACUGAUUUUGAAGAUAAGGCAAAAUAAUUGUGCCAGCCACAACGGACUCCAGUGCUUAUGACUUAUCUUCUGUGCUAUCCCUUUAAUGCACAAUGCCACGAGGCAUUCGGGCAAGCACUUGUCUGAUGUGUAAUUACACAGCAGAGAAAGAUUGGAGGAGAAGUGAUGAAUUGCACUGAUUGGGGUCUCACGGUUAAUAUACUGGAGGGGGGCAGUAGGAAAUGCCCUACCUCGUGGGUUUCUCCGUCUAAGCUGGCCCCAGAAGACCUUGGCGGUAUAUGCAGAUCCCCCGUCUUAAAUUCACACCUCCUCGGCUCCUCUGAGACACCAGCCUUCUAACUCAUUAACAUUUUUUAAUGGACUUCGUCCCCCAGACACUGCCACCAACGUUUUUGGGCCACACUUAAAAUUGCGUCUUUUAAGAAUCACGUCAAAUACUUUGUUUUUUUUCCCUCGUUUGUAUUUGCGACUGAAAUCCUUGGUUUACUAGUGGUUAACCAAAUCUGCCUCACGGCGUCAAUCACUGGACCAACCAGUCGUACGGAUGACACCAGCAGUGUGUUGAUCCGGCACUUGUGCACAAACUUUUCAUCCCAGUGUUAGUGUAAGUGCCAUGGAUUGCAAAAACGGUCUGGACUCCAUCCUAAGGACAGUAUUCCUCCACACGUCUGCCUUUAUUGGCCAUGAGGAUUUUUACCCAUGAUUCUCGCAUCCAACCACGUUAAUUUUUUUGGUCUAGCGGAUUUGCCUUUGGCGCACCUCAGAGGGAUGCUAUAUGCGCUCGGAUGAGCAAAGCAUCGAUGACUGACUCGGAGGGAUGGACUGAGCUUUGCAUUUCUACUGUCGGCGUGGUAUUAACAAUCUAGCGAAACUGAUGAUCAGUUAGCCUCUGUAUAUAAAUGAAUUGCACUCCUAACUACUAUAACAUUGCCUGUUUAACUUCUAUAUUACGGUCUUGCAAAAGAAAAAAAAAGAAAUCAGCACUGUAUUGAAUGUACUUUGCUUGCAUUUAAAACGGUAUCAGCUACGAUUAUCUUCCAUAAUAUAAUUCCUGUGUUAUUAGAUAGCUGUAGAAUAACAAUUAAUCAAAACAAAACAGCCAGAUAAAAAACCCUACAUUUGUUGAA